GCCGCCGCCGUAUAACGGGGAGGAGGCGAGGGGAGGAAGCAACAGCGCCGGCAGGGGAAGGCAGAGCUCGGCAGUGAACAGACGCAGGCAUUGUAGCGGCACACACACACGCGGGUGUGCAACACGGAGCGACCAACAUGUACGAGGAGAACGCGGCUCUGCACAGACCCCGCUAUGGAUCUAUUGUGGACGAUGAAAGACUCUCGGCAGAGGAGAUGGAUGAGAGGAGGCAUCAGAAUAUUGCUUAUGAAUAUCUAUGUCAUCUAGAGGAGGCCAAACAAUGGAUAGAAGCCUGUCUACGUGAAGAAUUGCCCCCGACCACUGAGCUCGAGGAGGGACUGAGGAAUGGAGUCUAUCUUGUUAAACUUGCCAGGUUCUUUGCUCCGAAGUUGGUGCCCGAGCGAAAGAUCUACGAUAUUGAACAAACAAGAUACAAGCGUUCUGGGUUGCAUUUUCGACAUACAGACAAUACAGUGCAGUGGCUCAGGGCAAUGGAGUCCGUUGGGUUACCAAAGAUAUUUUAUCCUGAGACGACAGAUGUUUAUGAUCGAAAAAAUAUGCCCAGAGUGAUCUACUGCAUACAUGCACUCAGUCUGUACCUGUUCAAACUUGGAAUUGCACCUCAGAUCCAAGACUUGCUGGGAAAGGUGGAUUUUACAGAGGAGGAAAUCAGUAAUAUGCGCAAAGAAUUGGAAAAAUAUGGAAUUCAGAUGCCUGCGUUCAGCAAGAUUGGUGGAAUUCUGGCAAACGAACUCUCAGUUGAUGAAGCUGCAUUGCAUGCUGCUGUGAUGGCGAUCAACGAAGCAAUAUCUCACAAGGUCCCAGAGGAGACCAUGAAGGCGUUAACCAACCCAAAUGCUGUUUUAAGUAAUAUUGAGAACAAAUUAGCUCAGGAUUAUCAAGAGAAAUUAUUUGAGGCCAAGAAGAUUAAGCAAGAAAGGAAUGCUGGAGGCAAGAGUGAUUCUGUCAAUGCCGAAGAGAGAGAGAUGUACGAGGAAUUACUGACACGCAACGAAAUUCAAGAUAAUGUCAAUAAAGUCAAUGUAAAUAAGGCUCUGCAGAGGGUGAACCAAGCUCUGGAGAAACAGGAUGAGAAUGAUUUACUGUCCGGUCUGCAGGCCCCUUCACUCAGUCUUGCGGCAGUGUACCAGGAGAAUGCACCGUGGUAUCUGACGAAUCUCCACACUGAACGAGAGCAGAAAUCACAGCAAGAGAGUUUUUCUGGUAUGCUAAACAAAGAUGAUCUUCAAGCAGGUAUCAGCCUUUCCAAUGACCAGGCCAGAGCCCAUAAACUUAAGCUUGAAGCCGUUGAUAAAAUAAAUGCUGCUAUCCUCAACAAUGAUGCAGUGCAGACUGUGAAAGCGCUGAUGUUGCCUGAGGCACAGUUGCCUGGGGUGAAUCCAGACAUGCCUGACUUGUAUCAGUUGGAGCUGUCCAACCUGCAGAGGCAGAAUCCCGAGGGGAAGCUGACACACGAAGAGCUGGCAAUCGCUGUGGAGAUGUUGUCAGCAGUAGCACAACUGAAUGGAGCUCUGACCCUGAACAACGUUGAGGAAAUGAUACAGCACCUCACCAGCCCAGCUAUUGGAAUUAGCAACCUGCAAGAUGCAUACACCCAGCGCUAUGCAGACACGCUAAUGCUGCUAAAGACACAAGCUGCAGAGCAGGGGCAGGAUUACCUGAGUUGGAAUGACAUUCAAGCUUGCAUUGAAGAAGUCAACAUGCAAAUUAAGGAAGAAAGUGAACGUGUUUUUGCAGCUGACCUUAUCAAUGAUGCAGUAGAUAAAAAGGAUCCAAAUAAAACACUGGAGGCAUUAUUGAUGCCGUCAGCCAAAUUACAGGAAGUGAACUCCUCCAUAGCAAACCAUUACCAAGAUGUCUUGUGGGACACAAAGCAACAGAAAUGCAAGGUAUCUCAGGAUGACGGGGCAGCAUUGUGGUUGGAUGAGAUACAAGAAGCAAUCCUUUCUGCAAACCAAGACACUGAAGAUGCACAUUCCUUGGCCAUCGCAGUGUCCGAGAUCAACUCAGCAAUAGAGAAUGGGGAUUCACAGCAGACGCUUGCUGCGAUGCAGUCUUCAAAUGCCGUCACGAGAGGAGUUGUACCAGAAUGUGCCGAUACUUAUCAGAAUGAACUCUUUGAGGCAAAGAAGCAAAAGACUGGAGAAGGACCAAAUGGAAGUCUUUGGGUUAUUCACAAGAUAAAGGACAAGUAUGAGUAUUACCACAACCUGGAAACGGCAGAAGGCACGUGGGAAAAGCCAGAGUCCAUUGUACAAAACAACACCCAGCUUAGUAGAGAAGAAAUUCAGGAUGUUACUGGCCGAAUAACAACAGACCAUCACCGGGAGCAGCUGUGGUUGGCGAAUGAGGGUCAAGUCAUCCGUCUGCAAGCAUGUGCAAGAGGCUACCUUGCCAGAAAAGCUUACAGUGAGCGGCUGAACUACCUCCACAAACAGGAACCUUCAACCAUCCGUCUACAGUCAUCUUGGAAAGGGUACAAACAGAGGAAGUCUUACAAGGGCAGGUUAAGAGUCCUGCAAGAUAACGUUGCAACUAUCACUAAGAUCCAGUCUUUUGUAAGGAUGUGGAAAGCAAGAAGAGCAUAUCGUACGCGUUGUCAGUACUUCAAAGAUCAUACGCCAGAAAUCAUUAAAAUUCAAGCAUACCUCCGAGCAAACAAAGCUAAAGAUGACUACAAAACGUUGAUCAAUGCAGGUGAACCCCCAUUGAAUGUUGUGCGUAAGUUCGUGCACCUGCUCGACCAAAGUGACCUGGACUUCCAGGAAGAGUUGGAAGUCACAAGAUUACGGGAAGAGGUUGUGACCAAAAUCCGAUCCAAUCAGCAACUCGAGAAGGACCUCAACCUCAUGGACAUAAAGAUUGGGCUUUUGGUGAAAAACAGGAUCACGCUGCAGGAUGUUAUUUCCCACAGUAAGAAAAUGGACAAAAAGAAUAAGGGCCAGGCUAUGGAAGUGAUUUCAGGUGACAAACAAGGGCUAAAGUCACUCAGCAAAGAGAAAAGGAAAAAACUCGAGGCUUACCAACAUCUAUUCUAUCUGCUGCAGACAAAUCCGGCCUAUUUGGCCAAAUUGAUCUUCCAGAUGCCCCAAAACAAAUCAACCAAAUUUAUGGAUACAGUCAUCUUCACCUUGUACAACUAUGCUUCAAACCAGAGAGAAGAAUAUCUACUGUUAAAACUUUUCAAGACUGCAUUGGAAGAGGAGAUCAAAUCUAAAGUGGACCAAGUUCAGGAAAUAGUCACUGGAAACCCCACGGUCAUUAAAAUGGUGGUCACUUUUAACCGGGGUACGCGAGGGCAAAACGCACUCAGGCAGCUGCUGGCUCCCGUCGUGAAAGAAAUCAUGGAAAAUAAAACGCUGGCCAUAAAUACCAACCCAGUGGAGGUGUACAAGGCCUGGGUGAAUCAGAUGGAGAUGCAAACUGGUGAAGCUAGCAAACUACCGUAUGAUGUAACAGCGGAGCAGGCUCUGUCACAUGAAGAAGUGAAGUCAAAACUGGAAUCAUCCAUGAACAAUCUCCAGCUGGUCACCGACAAGGUUCUCACAUCCAUAUGCACGUCCUUGGAUGCCAUUCCUUAUGGAAUGAGGUACAUAGCCAAAGUUCUGAAGAACUCGCUUCAUGAGAAAUUUCCCGAUUCCACUGAAGAUGAACUGCUAAAGAUUGUGGGCAACCUCCUUUACUAUCGCUACAUGAACCCCGCCAUCGUUGCGCCCGAUGGGUUCGACAUCAUAGACAUGACUGCGGGCGGACAGCUUCACCCGGACCAGCGACGCAAUCUGGGCUCGGUGGCAAAAGUGCUGCAGCACGCUGCAUCCAACAAGCUGUUUGAAGGGGAGAACGCCCAGUUGUCAUCGAUGAAUAACUUCUUAUCUCAGACGUACCAGAAGUUCAGGAAGUUUUUCCAGGAAGCCUGUGACGUGCCGGAACCCGAAGAGAAGUUUAAUAUCGAUGAAUACUCUGACAUGGUGACAUUGAGCAAACCUGUCAUCUACAUCUCCAUUGAAGAAAUUAUAAACACUCACUCGUUGCUGUUGGAACAUCAGGAGGCUAUUUCACCCGAUCAUAAUGACCUAUUGCAUGAGCUCCUGGAAGGAUUAGGAAGUGUACCUGACGUUGAAACUUUGAUUGGGGAAGGUGCUGUAGACCCAAAUGACCCCAACAAAGAAAAUGUACUUUCCCAACUUGCCAAGACGGAGGUCUCGCUCGCCCUGACCAGCAAGGUUGAGUUGCGAGAGGGGGAUGACACGGAUAUGAAGAGUUUGAUGAUAAAGACCAAGUGGUUGAUAGUGGAUGUGAUCAGAGCACAGCCUGGAGAAACAUUAAGCACAAUCUUAGAGACACCAGCCACCUCCCAGCAGGAAGCCAACUACUUGAAGGUGGUGGAAAUGCGUGCCCUGCAGGAUGCCAAAGUUCCGGAUAAAAUGAAACACAAUCAGUUGGACGUUGAGGAUGGGCAGCUCCCCCUCGAACAGAAAAAAAGGAAAAUCCAAAGGAAUCUGCGGACACUGGAACAAGCUGGCCUAGUCUCAGUGACGAAUAAAUACCAAGAGCUGAUCAAUGACAUUGCAAAGGAUAUUCGAAACCAGAGAAGAUAUCGGCAGCAUCGCAAGGCCGAACUUGUGAAAAUACAGCAGACUUUGAGCGCACUUAAUUCAAAAUCCAAGUUUUAUGAAGAACAGAAUAAUUAUUAUAAUACCUAUAUCAAAACAUGCCUGGACAACUUAACAAGAAAGAAUGCCAGAAGAUCAAUAAAAUUGGAUGGCAAAGGGGAAGAAAAGGGCAACAAGAAAAUGAAACAGUCAACUUUGCGAUACACGGCCGCUCGUUUGCAUGAGAAAGGCGUGCUUCUGGAAAUUGAUGGACUGCAGUCCAACCAGCUCAAGAAUGUCCUCUUUGACAUCACGCCAAGCGAGGAAGUGGGUGAUUUUGAAGUCAAGGCCAAGUUCAUGGGAAUGGAAGUGGAAAAAGUGCAACUUCAUUUUCAGGACCUGCUGGAAUUACAGUAUGAAGGCGUGGCAGUUAUGAAGAUAUUUGAGAAGGCUAAAGUCAACGUAAACCUGCUGGUUUUCCUGCUGAAUAAGAAAUUCUAUGGGAAAUAAACAAACCGUCCACACAGGCAGCAAUCCUGACAGUCUGCCCGAAAAUCUCAAUCUUAUCAUAGUUCAAAUAAAGUAUCGUGUCCUUGCACUCAAUGUCAGAGUCACAAAGGUAUUGAAGAUAUCAAUUGUUUUUAAAAAAGACAUAUCACUGUUUUCUACCAUCUAUUGUACUCUCUGCAAAAGUAGUAGUCUGUGCAUUCUUGGUAUGUUCAGAAAUUCUCAAUCGUGAUAUAUAAUUUUACAAAGAUGACACAGGAAAAUGUAAGACAAGAUUCCUGUGUUUGGAUCAUUUGCUGUUGAGUGACUAUGAUUCACUGUGUGCUUAAAUGGAUUUUUAAGAAGAUAUAAUUAAUAAAGUAACCCUGGUUUCAAAUACUUUUAGCUGGAAAAUUGCACUGGCAAUGAGGUAGAGUGUUCAUAUUCCUUUGGAGAAUCUGUUUUUAUGUUCCUUAGUCAUUGCACUAUAUCAUCCCGUUUUCCCCACAUUCCAGAGCACUGCGCUACUAUUUACAGAGACACUGGUGGUCAAAGUGCCAGUGGUCUUUGCUGAUUUUCACUUACUACAGCGAAAAUAAAGGAACAAUAGCAACCCAUUCUAUUAUUAAAACUGUGAUGUUUUGUGGAAAGUCAGGAAUGUAAACAGUAUGGUCACGUAUUUUCUUUUAAAUUCACGACAAAUUUGCAAUUUCAAAGCUAAUUUGGUGUUAAGGGCUAACUUUUGCAAUUUGGAUUUUGUUACUUAAUUAAGGAAGAGGAGAUUAUUUAAGCGAAUCUACAGGAAAAAAAAUCAUACGAGGUGUCUAGAGAUUAUGGUUGGGAGUGUGUUGUAAACUGUCGACUAUAUAACUAAGCAAUUCAGAUGAAUAUAGACACAAAAAGCUGGAGUCACUCAGCGGGUCUGUCAGCAUCUCUGGAGAAAAGGAACGGGUGACGUUUCAGGUCGGAACCCCCUCCUCAGACUUCUGAUGAAUAUCCACUCCCUGUUUUCAGCGGUUUAACGCAGUCCAGGGUUAGAAAAUCGGUCGAGCUGCGUUUUAUUUGUUCCUGACUCGUAUUGAAAGAAAUGUCGUCAAAGAAGGCUUAACCUCCAUAGGAUGUCAAAUGUACUGGAAAUGUUUUCAAUAAUAUUCAUUUCAAUAAUAUUGUACUGUAUCAUAUUUCUGAAAGCCAGUAUGAGUAAUAUUUAAGAUCUAUCUCAUUUUUUAAAUAAAAUCCAAAACCUCAUUGAGAAGAAAUCGAACCUCUGGAAAAACUAUCUGGUACAAUAACUCAGGUCCAUGUUGAUACUGAAGUAUGAUAUUUUGUAUAGGAAGAAAGCAAUGCAAUACAAUUCAUUAUUAAUCAAACUGGUUAAGACACUGCCUCGUACACUUAGUAUCUGAAAAAAACAUACCAGCAUAGUAUUUGGCCGUAUAUGCUUCACAGCUCAAAUUCCUUGACUUUCGAAAGUGAGUAUUUAAACUAUGGGUUACUUGAUGCUCCCAUUUAGUACACGCGUUCAUCUUGUGAAUUAUCUUCCCAGUAACAAGAGGCAUCAAAUGUUGUAACCUUUUAAUGCUUGUCUUCUAACUUGACAGGAAUAAUUUUGCCACAUACAGUGCAGGUGUAAUGUAAUAAAUUGGUGAAAUUGAGGAAAAACUGGAAAUGGAAGUUUUGAAAUUGCAAUCACCGUAAUCCUUAAUUCGUGAUUUUCAAUUGAUUUACUUUUCUAGAAUGACUAUAAUUUUGUUAAAUCUUGAAAUGAAGACGAUAGAAUAAUGUGACCAAAAUACUCUGUUCUGGGGAAUUGAUUUAAACUCUGAACAGAAAUGGUUCCAUGUUGCUUAUUUAGUUGGAGAAUAAUUCAAUUUAAUCAUUUAUUUAAAUAGUUGGCUUUGAAUUCAAUGUACAAUUUCAGUUAUGAAAACAUUCCAUUUAAAAUAUUCAAUGUAAAAAGAUAAAAUAUUAUAUGAUUUAUACAAUACAAGAUAAUAAAUAUGCACUACUGCCUUAGUGGCCAAAAGUAUAUUUGAAGCCAAUGCGUACUACCUGUAGUGUGGUAACAAAGUAAUGAUUUGGCUAUAGCAAUUGAUUUAUGUAUGUAUUCUGUCAGUUCACACUGAUAUUUGUGCCUUUUGUACGUAAAUCGCUGUCCCAUUAGUGUUAGCUAUUUAUAGCUAUUCAUUUUACAACCAAACUAGUGAAAUUGUGCUUGACAACAUUUUUUAUGAUUGUCUGCCUUUGUCAAAUUGUGUAAAAUAAAUCUUUCUAAAGAG